ACAAUUUUUAAAUGUCAACUUCAAUGGCGUAGGGAUGUACCAAGGAUCCCGAAUAGAACAGACCCGUGUAAAACGAACUCGCCCAUUUUUGUCUCUGAUAUGUCCCACAUAAACUCCCAUUUGCUUGUUAAUUUGGGGUUUCAUAAAGUCAGUUGAUGUAAAUUAAAAAUGAUUGUGGCGAGUUCGUAAACGUUGGCCAGAUAUGGUAUGAAACAAAUAUUGCUAUAAAAUUACAUAUUCGACACUGACACUGCACGAGGAAGUGCAGUAUCCAUUCUGGGCGGACUCCAGCAGUCAGCUGCUUCUUUUCAGAUCGAAUGGGUUGAAAGCAAAGAUGGAUAUCGGAACAAACCGCACUGACUUCUACAUUGGCCUCUCUCUUGCCAUGAGCUCGAGCAUAUUCAUUGGAGGAAGCUUCAUCCUUAAGAAGAAAGGUCUUUUGCGAUUGUCCAGCAAAGGGUUUAUGCGAGCAGGUCAGGGGGGAUAUGCUUACCUCAAGGAAUGGCUAUGGUGGGCAGGACUAAUAUCAAUGGGAGCUGGGGAAGCAGCUAACUUUGCCGCUUACGCUUUUGCCCCUGCCACAUUGGUAACACCACUGGGAGCAAUGAGCGUUCUUGUGAGUGCUGUGCUGUCCUCAUACUUCCUGAAUGAGCGGUUGAAUGUUCACGGGAAGAUGGGCUGCUUGCUGUGCAUCCUGGGUUCCACUGUCAUGGUCAUCCACGCCCCUCAGGAGGAGGAGGUGGCCUCCCUUACUGCCAUGGCUGAGAAGCUCCAAGACCCAGGAUUCAUAGUGUUCGCCGUGUCUGUCGUGACGAGCAGCUUGAUCCUCAUCUUCCUUGUCGCCCCGCGCUACGGCCAGAAAAACGUGCUGGUUUACAUCCUGAUCUGCUCCGUGAUUGGCUCCCUGUCGGUGUCCUGCGUCAAGGGCCUGGGCAUCGGCAUUAAGGAGCUGUUCGCUGGCACUGCUGUCCUAAAGGAACCCCUGUUCUGGUGUCUACUCAUUUGCCUGGUGAUCUGCGUCAGCAUCCAGAUCAGCUAUCUCAAUAAAGCCUUGGACAUUUAUAACACGUCCAUCGUCACGCCCAUCUAUUACGUGUUCUUCACCACCUCUGUAAUGGCAUGUUCAGCUAUCCUCUUCAAGGAGUGGCUGAGCAUGAGCACAGACGGAGCUGUGGGGACAGUCAGUGGGUUUCUCACAAUUAUCCUGGGUAUCUUCCUCCUUCAUGCAUUUAAAGAUCUCACAUUCAGUUGGGACUCGCUGCCACUGUACCUGAGGAAGGGACCUCAUGGAUCCCCUUGGGGCCAGCAGGCCUACGUGGCCCUGCCCAGCCAGGAGAGCCAGGCAGAGGGGCCAGGGGAGGGGAAGCUGGCCAGAGAGGGGAACUCAAAGGGCAGCUACUCGCCAGAGGGCUCAAUGAGGAGGAACAAUAGCUUUGUCACCACUUAGCACUUGGGAUCAAUUCAGUUUUUAAUUCAGUAUGAUUGAAGCUCAAUUCAUGACUCUGAAACAAUAGGCAAUUUUGAAUUCCUUAAUUGAAUUUCAGCUAAUUUCCUGAAUCGAAAACUGAAUUGACUCCAACCCCUAUUUAGCAUGAAGGCCAAAUGUUUAGAGAUCAAUUUCCCAUUGCCAGUUUUACAUUUCUGUUUAUUUGAUAUUUAACCACCUGCGUAGACAAGUGGAAAAUAUGUUUACUAAAUAUAGUCUUACAAUGCAAUAGCCACUGGAAGGAUUGUUUGCCUAAUUAUCAUGCACUGCAAUCCAGUGAGCACAUUGCAUUUCUAUACCGACAAAUGUACAGUAUGUCUAGAGAUUAGCAAAGUCCAACAGAAUUUUAUUUUACUUCAUGGUACGCCUAGACCAUUCAACUGGUUGAAAGUAUUAGUCCUACAGGUUUCCCCUUAAUCCGAAUGGUUUCUACUGUAUAAAAAAAACUGGUGUACAUACACUUAAUAUUUAAUCAUGGACAGUGAUAAUCGAAUGUAUUGAUUUUAGUUCAGAUCCACUAGUUUUGAUAUGAACCGACUAGUGCCUUCUGUUUUUUUACUGACUGAACUGUAACUUAUUGAUAGGCCUGUCUUAUUCCUUUGUUUUAAUGUUCCUUUAAAAAUGCAAGACCUACUGUGAGUCAAGGCAAUGCAGCUUUUACCUUUUGUGUACUUGCUUCAAUCAUCUUUCAAAGUUAGUGAUUGUUCAAUAUUCACAAUCUGAGUGUGAAGUUACUGUAAUGUAAUACCUCAAUUGAAUUUAUUGAUCAUGUAUAUGAACAUCAGUAUUAACUGAGGCACUUUGAAAUAGCCUCUUUUGAAACACAUUCCUACUACUGCACGUGCCAAACUGAAUGUAUUUCUUAAUCAUUGAUUUACAACAUACUGCUCAUUCUUUUAGUAUGUCAAUAAACAAUUACCUUUUUAUACA